AUGAAAUGUUUGCAAUUCGCUGUUUGUCAACUAAUUUGCUAUAGACCUUUCCUUCUGGUUCCUGUUGCUACUUCCCAUCAUCUCUUCAUUUCCCCUAGCUUGAUGAGAACCAUCCUUAAUAGCUGGCAGCGAUUGGGGGCUUUUAAUGAUGCUAUCAGUCUCAUGCCAAUGGACACCUCCAUUUGGGCUGAGACAAAUAGGGAAGCUGGAGGAAACAAAGGUGUUUCAGACAAACAGAUUCGUCUAAAGAUUUUUUCACCGAACGUCCUUGAUAUUACCCUGGUGGAUUUGCCGGGUAUAACAAAGGUUCCUGUUGGUGAUCAGCCUUCUGAUAUUGAAGCACGGAUUAGAACGAUGAUAAUGUCAUAUAUUAAACUACCAAGCUGUUUAAUAUUAGCUGUUACGCCAGCAAAUUCUGACUUAGCAAACUCAGAUGCUCUUCAAAUUGCUGGAAAUGCUGAUCCAGAUGGUUAUCGAACAAUUGGUGUAAUCACAAAGUUGGAUAUUAUGGAUAGGGGUACUGAUGCCCGCAAUUUUCUGCUUGGAAAAGUUAUUCCCCUUCGACUCGGUUAUGUAGGUGUUGUGAAUCGUAGCCAAGAGGAUAUUGCGAAUAACCGGACCAUUAGGGAUGCACUUGUUGCUGAGGAGAAUUUCUUUCGCAGUCGUCCAGUGUACAAUGAUCUUGCUGAUCGUUGUGGUGUACCCCAGUUGGCAAAGAAGUUGAACCAAAUUCUGGUGCAGCAUAUCAUGUCAGUGCUUCCAGGGUUGAGGUCUCGUCUUAGUGCUGCACUGGUUUCUGUUGCAAAAGAGCAUGCUAGCUUUGGAGAAAUCACAGAAUCAAAGGCUGGUCAGGGAGCUCUUCUACUGAACAUACUUUCGAAAUAUUCUGAAGCUUUCUCUUCAAUGAUAGAGGGGAAAAAUGAAGAGAUGUCAACAUCUGAGUUGUCCGGUGGAGCAAGAAUCCAUUAUAUCUUCCAGAGUAUAUUUGUGAAGAGUUUGGAGGAAAAUGAUUUUCUUAUUGAUGUUGUUUGUCCUAUAGUAGAAGUUAUCUUCAUUACAUCUCAAGUUUGCGAUUUGCUUCCAAAAUUUUUUGCUGCUGUUUGGUUCUGUUUGAGUGGUGCAAAUGAGCUAUCUGCAAAUGAGCUCUCUGCCUUCCCAUGGGCUUAUGAUUGCUAUAAUAUUGAUGUGGACCCAUGUGAGGGUUUAACUGAUGAUGACAUCCGAACAGCCAUUCAGAAUGCAACUGGUCCUAAAUCUGCGCUAUUUGUUCCAGAAGUAGGUCUUACUGAGCUAGAUUUCUCCUUGCUUUUGGGACAUACUGUGCCAUUUGAAGUUCUAGUUCGAAGACAAAUAGCUCGAUUAUUAGAUCCAAGUCUGCAGUGUGCCAGAUUUAUUUAUGAUGAGUUAAUAAAGAUGAGCCAUCACUGUAUGGUCAAUGAAAUGCAGCGGUUUCCUGUUCUAAGAAGACGCAUGGAUGAGGUUAUAGGGAACUUUUUGCGGGAGGGCCUUCAACCAUCAGAGACGAUGAUUGGGCAUAUUAUUGAAAUGGAGAACUUAAAUAGCUCAAGGUUUGGUUGGCUGAGCACUGUCCCUCUAGGAUCUUAUGUACAGUUUUCUUCCUUGCCUCGCCAUUUUGUAACUCCUGUGUUCAUGGAUGAUGAUGAUGGUGCCUUUUUGUAUGUUACUUACUUUCGUUUUGUUUUUAACUUGGUCCCCUUUCCUUUUCUGGGGAAUAAGAUGGAUUACAUAAAUACUUCACACACAAAUUUUAUUGGUGGGAGUAAAGCUUUGGAGAUGUCCUUGCAACAGGUGAAGUCCUUUAGGGUAGCUGCACCCAUUCCUAGGCAGAAGGAUUCAUUAGAUCCAGAAAAAGCACCUACAUCUGAAAGAAGUCUUAGAUCUCGUGCUUUUCUUGCCAGACCUGUGAAUGGAAUUGUUCCUGAGCAGGGAGUUCGGCCUGUUGCAGACAUCGAGAAAACCACAUCAUCUGGAACCACUACUGGUUCGUCUUGGGGGAUUUCAUCAAUUUUCGGAGGGUCUGACAAUCGAAUAUCUGCCAAAGAGAAUCCAACGAGCAAGCUAUUUAGUGAACCUGUUCAGAGCAUGGAGCACACAUUGUCUAUGAUCCAUUUAAGAGAGCCCCCAAGCGUCUUGAGGCCUUCAGAAACACAUUCAGAUCAGGAGGCUAUUGAAAUUGCUGUCACAAAGCUUCUGUUAAGGUCAUAUUAUGACAUUGUUAGAAAGAACAUUGAGGAUUCUGUACCUAAAGCAAUUAUGCACUUCCUGGUAAACCAUACCAAGCGAGAGCUGCACAAUGUCUUCAUCAAAAAGCUAUACAGAGACAACCUGUUGGAAGAGAUGUUGCAGGAACCUGAUGAAGUGGCAAUGAAGAGAAAGCGUACCAGAGAGACACUCCGGGUUCUUCAGCAGGCUUUUCGGACAUUGGACGAAUUCCCUCUUGAAGCUGAGACGGUCGAGAGGGGUUACAGCUUGAGUACUGAUCCAACUGGGUUGCCGAAGAUUCAUGGGCUUCCUACAUCAUCUUUGUAUCCUACAAGCACUGGUUCAACUGAAUCCUACACAGCUUCUCCUAACAACGCAAAGGCCCGCAAGUCAACCCAUUCUGGAGAGCUACAGUCACCAUUUUAUGCUAACGCAGAUUCCAAUGGAGGUGGACUUAAUUCUACUUUCGGUCUAUAUCCAACGGUUGAUAUGUAAUGCCAGUGGAAGAAUGUGCAUUGGAUGAAGUAUGUCGAUGCAUUAUAUUCAUUUCAUUACUCUCUAUCCUGCAGUCUCAGCAAGAUCUUUGGAGUCCCCCCUUCUUGAUCCGGCUUGGUGGGGAGAUCGUAUUCUUUUCCUAUAGCCCAUAAUGCUGACCAUUUGCCUCAUCUAUGUCAUUAGGUCCCUUCAAAUAUAGUAUGCUUAUAUAAUUCAGUUUCUUAUAUGUGCAUUAUUUUUGGAAAGCUCCGAACAGAAAAACAGGAGCAGUUGCUUUCCAACCUUAUACGAAUGCAGCAUUUUUGCCGCUUAUAGUUUCAGUAGCAAUAGGCAAGUGUAAUUCGCCAUUUUGACAUAGAUUUUGGGGGUGGCCUUAAGAUUCCCCAAAUUUUUUUUCGGUACAUAGUUUAUCAAGUUAAGACAAUACGUAUGAGUGUAACUUAUAAUCAUAAGCUUGUGCUGAAAGCUAGUGUACAGUUUGCAUUUGUUUAUGUGUAAUAGUACCGCGGAUGUUAUAUUCCUCAGAUUUUGUUGAUUACAGUUUGGAAGAGCA